ACUAACAACAGUAGCCCACUUCUUCAUUUUUUUUCUCACCCUCCAUUUCCCCAGUUCCUUCUCCACGUCCUCCCCAGCAAUUCCAAAAUACUUUCUCCUCCACCAUGACGCAGGGCUCAGCUCGAGUGUCAACUGACAACGUCACUUUACGCCUGGCUAUCGUUCUUUAACGUCAUGGUCCAUGUGGUCGCUGCCAGAUGUCCUCCCUCAUGGUAUUGGAGACGAUAUCGGCUCGGUCCUUGCAACUCAGUGUCUAGCCUCUUGGCUACGAAGCUAAUCCGCAGCCGGCCAACCUCUGUCGGCUUGAAACCAUGCAGCUAUUCCGUCUCCUUGUGCCGCCUGGCCUGGCAUCCCGGCCUCCCGAUGCAACCCGACGCCACACCUACUGUCGACCCGAGGAACGACAUCGCGUCGAGGGGAAGAAUUAUGAUACGCCUCGACAAGGUUCACGCAGAUUUACGGUUCGGAUAAUUUCUAUAGCCGCCAAUUCUCCCUUUGCUCACAUGGACAAUAUUCCUCUAUCAAAACCGUCAAGACCGUAGGUGAGUAUAUCAAUCAUCCCACGCAGAUAAGUUCAGACUAGAGUGUGAGGAACAACAUUUCCGCAAUCAUGUUUGCUUUUGGUACUCCGCGUUUCUCACCCCUGCUCCCUCCAUCGCACUAAAUUAAUGAACCGCAACAAAACAUUCCAUCAGCGAUUCUUAUUGACUGAGAUGUGACCCACACUGCAUCAUCUCCUUACCAUCCACGCAGACAGCCCCCCAAAACCAGUUCCGCCUGCAUCGUUGAUUAUCAUAUGAUAUUCGGAUCCCUUGCUGUAAUCGUCCCAGUCG